AAGUUUAAUAGGAAAGGAAGCCGUCCAAUAGCUGAGGUAUAAGGCUGCCAUUUCCCUGUAACCCUCCGUGUAAAACACCACGAUCCGGGCAUAGGAAGUUGGUUACAUUUUAACCAGCUCUCUCACCUUUGUACUUUUCCUCCUGUGAAACUCCGCCCUGCAGUAUGUGUGGGAGAAACAGAAAUGAAAUAAAGUGUGAGAGCAAUUGUCGGGGCGAGGAAGCGCACAUUUUGCUAUGUUAAACCGAUACGGUUCGGCAAGGGCAAGAGCGGCAGCUAUUUCUAUUAUAUAUUCAAGUAUUAUGCAGAGAUAUCUGUGUUGCCAAUAGAAAAUCUAACAACUGCUGACUAAUUAAGAAGAGGGGGUUGCUAACCCAGCGUUAAACAUUAUGGGUGAAGAUACAAUUUUGUAUUUGGUGUUUUUCUUAACACCUUUAACUGCAAGCCCAUGUAUACAGCACUCACAGGGCAAAAUAGACUGUGGUAACAAAGGACUCCUACAAAUCCCUGCUUCUCUCCCUGAGGGCCUCAAACAUUUGGACCUCUCCAAUAACUCCAUCCAUGUCUCUCAGCCCCUUCCAGAAAGUCUUUCUGAGGUUCAUUUCUUGAAUCUCUCCCAUAACCCACUUAAAGUUCUUCCAUCAAGGGCAUUUCAAAAUUUACCUCAUCUUCAAACUUUGGAUCUGAGCAGCUGCAGUAUUGUUAGGCUAGAUCCCCAUGUCUUUAAAGGACUCAACAGUCUUAAAACACUGAUACUUAAAAACAACAGCUUCAGAGCAUUCAGCCUGGCAGACCUUCCUAUACUGACCCGUCUAGACUUGAGAGAAACUUUGCUUACGUCACAUCCUUUUCAGAACACCCACAGACAUUGGUAUUUCCAGUUGCUAACAGACAGUGGAUUUUGUGAGUGCACAACAGAAGAAACUCUUCAGGACCCUGAUCAGUAUGGACUUUUUUGUUCCUGCUCAAGGCAUCUGAUUGAGGAAAAAGCAUUAUCUGGACCUAGGGCUAACAUCCGCUUUGCCCGGGAUGUAAAUGAUUCUACCAAUAAUACAUCAUACAACCUCACUUCUCCUGCACCUGCCAAAGCAACGACAAGUGGCAGAAGCUGGCCGUAUCUAGUUGGAUUCAUUGUGAUUGCUAUCUGCUUGUCUCUUCUCAUUGCAAUGGCUGCCAAGUGCAAUGUGUUCCAUCGAUACAUCCGCAGCUACCGCCACCGUCCUUUGCCAGAAAAUGACUGGAUUAAUCAGUCCCAAACAGAACUUCCAGGGGUACCACUGCCUCCAAAUGAGGAUGAAGACGGAUUUAUAGAAGACAACUACAUUCAGCCAGAAGAUCACCAUGAUGAGGAGGAAGAUGACAAUCUUGAAAGAAUGUAUGAUAUCUAAUAUGCAAGAUAGAGGAUUCAGUCAAUACAAUACACACUCCAUAGGUCAAGGACUGAGAAAUAGAAAGAGAUGUAACUAUAAAUGUGCUGGCCUAAUUUUAUGGAUAGCUACACCCACCAUUCUAUAUGUAAAUAUUAAUCAUGUUUCUACUCCUGGACCAGUGCCCAAGUGUAUUCUGACUGUGAUAAGUUGGCAUACAUUAUCCACUUUUUAAAAAUUUUCUUUGGAAAAAAACCCAGUUCAAUAAAUGUCUUUAAAAUGUA